UAAUCUUGAUCUCGCCGCCGCCGCAUUGCGCGAUCAGGCUGCGCGCGACACGCUGCCUCCACUGCCUCCUUGUGUGGAUUUUGAUGAACUUUUGGAUGGGCAAGGCACAGAGCAAGGAGGGUUUAACUUAUGAUGGCGCAAUUUUUCUGUGCAACCGCCUGACCAGGAAGGAGUGCUUUGAGAAAAAGCUUUUUGGUCUUUCUGCUCAUUGUGCUGAUUUUAUACAGACAGUGAAAGUUGGAGCAACAUUAUUCUUGUAUGAUGUCGAUCAGCAUAAACUGCAUGGGGUGUUUGAAGCAACUUCAGAUGGAUCAAUGAACAUUAUUCCCGAUGCAUUUGUGUCAUCAGGAAAGUCGUAUCCUUGUCAGAUACGUUUCAAGAGGAUCUGGUUUUGCAAGCCAUUAAUGGAAAGUGAAUACCAUGAUGCGAUGCAGACUAAGUUUAUGCCAAAAAACAAGUUUAGAAAUGGUUUGUCACAUCAACAGGUCUUAAAGCUUCUACACCUGUUUUCUUCAAGGAACAGAUUACAGCCUCGUCAAAAUCAAAAUUUACAGGAUGAUCUUCCAAGAGAGUCUGAAAUGUCUUCCCUGGUCAACCUAACCGAUAUCCAGUCCAGUUCAAACAGCAGUUCACAUGGUUCAUUCAAAAGCCCCUGUCAAACAUGUUCCUCCUCCACUCAUGGGGAACGGGCAGCAACCUUGAGUCACAAAUUAUCUGAUCUUAUGCCAUUAAUUCACCGAGGACUGAAACCUGACACUGUUGGUGUAGUUAAGUCCAAGGACAGCUCAAAAUUUUCCUUGCACAUUGGCACAAAUACGGACAUUGUCACAGUGCCUGUUAGGCAAGAAGCAAUGGAUGACAAGUCUAGUGAUGACUAUAUACCACUACCACAGGAGGAAAAUGCUUUAGAGAGCAUUGAUGAUCUAUCUGAUUUGCAUGAAGAUGAGAGCUACUCUUCAGGAUCUCAAGGUACCAGUGACUCACAAGAGCACAGUACCUUCCACCAAGCUUACGCUAGGAAGGAAGAUGGAUGCUAUCCACCAGUGGUAAAUUCCAAGCUCCACGCUGAUCAUGAAGAACGAACAAGUGUGUUUUCUCGACUAAUGGGGAAAUCUAAAAAUUUUGGCCCAAGAAAGAAGUUCAAAGCCAAAGCAUUCCCAUCAAUGAAUGCAGUGUCUUUCAGUCACCUUCCUCAAAGGAAAAAACAGUGGAGGAAACAGCAUAGCAAGCCAUUUCCAUGUGAUAGAGAUGGAAUAUUGGGUACAAAUCAAGAUAAUAAGAUGAGCAGAAAUCCAGCGUUGGAUUAUUCAUUUGUUUGGGAUGACAGUAAAUCUACCAAUUCCUUUGGUGGAAAACCAAGCAAGAUUCUGACAGGUUUAGGGCCUUCGCUUUGUGAACAUGGGAACAAAUGGGAUAUAUGUACUAAAGAACACAGCAGAUGCAGUGAAUUCAAAAGGCUAGUUAUUCCUGAAGCUAUUAGAAAAUUGAUCAUGCCCUGUGACAAAGAAAUGAAUGUACCCCCAGUGUUUCCUGAUGACAAUGAAGUCAAUACCGAACAAGAAGUAAAUGACUCUUCUUUGGAUUUGAAGUGGCAUGUUAAGGAUGAUCAGGAUUUCGGUGAUGACAGUGAGAAUGUUGAAGCAACACGGAAGAAGAGGCGGGUAGCAGAUGCAUUCUUCUCCCAAGAGGAAUAUCGAAGUGAUACUGCAUUGGUUCCUAAAGGCACCAAAUAUACAGACAUGCUGGCGAUAUCUGAUGAAAACUGCAAAGACAAGAGUGUCUGUUUGUCAUCUAGGGACACAUGUGCUGAGAUGGCGAGGGCUUAUAUGCAAACCAAUGUAGUCCUGCAAGACGAACAACAGGGAAACAUUCAAGACCAUUGCGAAGAAGCUGCAGUUAAUUUGAAGACUUGUCUGAAUGUUGAAACAAAGAGCCAGGUGGCUUGUGUUAAUUUGGAAACCAGAAGACCCUUUCAAGAUACACAGAACCAAAGUGUUGGGAGCUGCCAUGGAGUGAUCAAUGGUGAUAAAAUUUUGCCCCUGGAAAAUUCUGAAACCAUGGAUGUCUUGCCUAAUCAUGAUGAAGAUUGUCUAUCCAAGAGUACUUUUGUUGGGAAUGACAAGCAUUUUGCUUCUAAUCAUCUGGAAGCUAAACUGCCACUGCAGGAGAAACAAUCCCCAAGUGUUCAAAGCUUCUGUGAAGUUCUUCAUAGUGAUGACAUGUUGAUUCAGGAAGAACCUGAUGACAUGCUCUCUAAGAUCGAUGCAGACGGUGGAAAACAAAAGAGAGUGUCAUUUGACGAAGCUUAUAGCAAUGUAAAAGCUUGUUCUCUGGAGACUCAUGUGUCGCUGCAAGAAACCCACCAAAUGGCUUCAGACCGCUGUGAAAUAGUUAAUGUUGAUCAAGUGUUGGCUUUGGAAAAUUCAGUAACCUUGGUUAUUCCAUCCAAGUGUGAUGGAGAAUGUGGUAUGAACAGUUUAUCUCUUGAUGAAAAUGGUGGCUAUGUUACCUCUUAUACCGUGCCUCUGGGAAAGGGGCGACAUGAAGGCAUUCAAAGCUGUGAUGAGCCUGUUACCUGUAAUACAAUGUCAUCUCCAGAAAAUUCAAUGGCCCUUCACACAGUAGAGUCGAUUCAUGAUGAAAAUGGAAACAAAGGUAAAAGUUCAGCGACCUGUAGAAGUUUGGGCUCUGAUUAUAUGGAAGAAGCACACCAACUUGUGACUAACUGUUGUGAGGUAUCUGCAGCAGUUCCUGAAAGCUCUGGAACUCUUAUCAAUUUUGCUAAAUUCUAUGGAGAUAGUGUAAACAAGAACAACUUACUGGAUGAAACUUCAGAGAAUGUGAGCACUGAUCAUCAGGAAACCAGUAUGCUCCCUCGGGAUGAACAAAACCACAGUUCUGGUGAUAUUUCGUCUGCUUUGGAAUAUUCUGGCUCUGGCACUAUGGAUAGAAAUACAGGUGAUGGAGAUAGUGAACACAAAAAAUUUGAUCAGAAAGAUGGUGAAACUAUAUACCCAGUGACAGGAGUCCUGCUGCAAGCAGAGCAACACCAGAAACUUCAAGGUAAACCUGAAUCAUCGUCCCAUGAAAACUCCAAUUCAGAUUCCUUUGCUGUCUUAGCUGAAGAUAGCCGAAGCAAGAGUGGGCUGUCAGCUGAUAGAAUGGCUACUGAUCUUGAAACCAAUUCAGAGUCUAGGACGAGUUUCUUCAACAGCUCUUCCUGUGAGUGUGGCGAGAACCUCAGCGCUUCCGCUUCGAGCAGCGAAAAUGCGCAGCAGAAGCUCAACGGAUCAGCUGUCUCUGCAGAGGUCGCCAGACUCCAACAUGAUCCUGGAGAAUAGAAAGAACAGGGGUGGCCAUGCUGAAUUGGGCGCGCAUUUUGCCAUCCUCUGCAGCAGCAGCAGCAGCAGCAGCUGCAGCAGCAGCCUAAUUUAUUUCUUAUUUCUUUACAUUUCUUCUUCUUUGAACUCCACAGAGCACCAAACCUUGCAGGGACAGUGAGCCUUAUUUUUGUUGCCUUCUGGAUGUAAGUUUCUAUAUAUCGGGAAAAUUUAUGGAGUAUAUUAAGCAUUUCUGCAUACUGGAAAAAUUUUCUGGAAUUAUUGUCACCCUAGCUGAGGUUCCGGUGUUUUGUCAUAUCAAUGACAUGUUCAAGAAUAGAGGCUAAUUUUUUCUUCAGUU